AUGAACGCUUCUCAAGAAUAUGAUAAGUUCCUCAAGGAAUUUGCCCAAAUCAAAGAAUCUGCCAGCAGACAGGACUCUAAAGAGUAUCAGGAAAUAUUGACAAAAUGUUUAGCGCACGGAUUGAACUUCAAGACUUUCAUACAAACGAAAUCACAUCUUUUUAGUACGAACGAAACCUUGGACGAUGUUUCCACCAAAUCAUUAAGGUUUUUGUCCUUGGAUUAUUAUCUCGCACAAAUGAUGGCUAGGAAGCAGGUGGUCACUGGUUCACCAGCACAGAGGAAUAUUGUAAGGCUUAAGUUCUUACAGAAGACGGUUCAGUUAUUAGUGCAAUUUUUAGUGUCUCUUCAAGACUAUUGCAUACUUCCGGAAUCACUAUCGAAAAGAGUCGAUAAAUUUGAAUCAUUAUGGGAACCUAAACUGGAGGAGCUUUACUCAAGUGCAAAAGAUGAGUUGAAAGAUGCGACAUUGAAGAGACAGGAGAAGAUCGAACUGUACAGAACCGGGAGAGAAAUGGAGAUGCAAAUAAAACUCUUGGAAAAUAAACUAGACAAUGAUGAUGAUGAUGAUGCAGAGGAAACGUUACGUCUAUUGUAUCUAACUCAAUUGAAGCAACUAGCCUCAGAGAGCUGGAAUCAAUUGGAGCAGAUUUUAAUGGAGAUCGAACUCUUAAAUAAUUUCACAAAUUCUGUCUCGGAAGAUAAUUCGGAAGAGAGGGUACCCGAUACUGAUACAUCUGAGAAAGACCCAACGGGAUAUACAGAGAAACUUGAAUCAUUAAAUAAACCUUUGAUCUCCAAAUCCGGGAAAGUACUAAGAAACUUCACGUUACUAGAUAAAAAGGAUCAAUUGAAAUCCAAAGUUUUUGGAUAUGGUCAAUAUGGACCGACAAUGACGGUGGAAGAAUUUUUGGCAAAAGAAUUUGAAGAGAACAGGGUCCUUCAAGGUGGGGCAGAACCCGUAGAAGAAGAACCUGAUGAGGAUGACUUUGAAUCCAAUGAUCUUGCUACAUAUAAAGCAAGAGCAUGGGAUGACUUCACCGAAUCCAAUCCUAAAGGAAGCGGAAAUACAAUGAAUAGAGGUUAA